AAAAGAUAACGCAUCUAGGCUACAUUUGUAAGCAGAGCGAAAAGGAAAGAGGACUCGUCCAUAUUAUAGCUGCUGUUUCAGUGGUUUCCGUGGUGAUGGACCCUCCCGGCGGGCGAGACGAGCGUCGCCGUCAGGCCGAGCGUCUUCGGCGGGAGGAGGCGUACUACCACUUCAUCAACGAGCUGAGCGAGGAGGAGUAUCGGCUCAUGAGAGACAGCAACCUGCUGGGUACACCAGGUGAAGUCACAGCCGAGGAGCUGAGACAGCGUCUGGAUGGAGCAAAGGAGCGCGUGUCCUCACAGCCUCGCCCUGAAUCACGUCCACAGAACAGUGAGGAAGGACAGGAGGGCAGCAGUGCUGCUGUUGAGCCGGGCACCGAGAGCACGAACGGAGACUCUCUGCUGGAGUGGCUGAACACGUUCCGGCGCACAGGCAACGCCACCCGCAGCGGCCAGAGCGGCAACCAGACGUGGCGUGCCGUCAGCCGCACGAAUCCAAACAGUGGCGAGUUUCGCUUCAGCCUGGAAAUCAACAUCAAUCACGAGCAGCCCGAGCCGGGGGAACACAGCGACACUUCUGACCCCAUUGAACUUCCUGUCCCGCAGAGGGCCUCUGCGUCUAUACGCACUCCCCUGAGGCCCACGCCCUAUUCCACUCAGCACCCCACCCCUUAUUCUACAACCAGGCCCACUCUGGGGAGGCGGGCUCAGGCACGGCGCACUCGCAGUAGUACUACCCCACCCAUAACCCCACCUCUGAUCUCGCAGGCGCCGUAUACGAGUUUGAGGAGGAACCUUGCUUUGCCUCAGCCAGCAGCGCUUCCUCCUCCUCCUCCCCCUCCUUCACAGGCCAUGCCCACGUCCCUGCCUCAAGAGCAGGAUAGUACCAACAGCGUGCAGGGUCAAGUACAGACGCAGCCUCCUUCACUUAGUAACGAGGAGGAGCAGGAAGUUAACGACGUUCCGGACUGUCCAGAAGCUGUGUCUCAGGCCAGCGUGCAGGGGGCGGCGGCUAGCCGUGAGGCACGCAGAACUCGUUCACGUGGUCGGGUCCGCCGGAUAGCUGUGUCCCGGUCCUCGCGUCGUAGCCGCUCACCUCUGGAUAGAAACUCCGCCCGAAGCUCUAGUCCCACCCCCGGCAACAGUGCCCCUGCAAUAGAGCCUGCUGGAAACACGGCUGCUGCUGCUGCUGCUGCUGCUGCUCUAGUGGAGACGGUGGAAGUUCCCGCUGAGCCGACAGUACCAGUUGAAUCUGCCCCCGAAGCGGGCACUGAGGAAGGCGAGACGCCAGCGUCAGGCACGGCAGGAGGUGUCCGCCGGCACCCGACUAUCAUGUUGGAUUUGCAGGUGCGCAGAAUCCGGCCGGGCGAGAACCGAGACCGGGACAGCAUUGCCAGCCGCACGCGGUCUCGUGCCCGCGCCGCUGAAAAUACGGUCACUUUCGAGAGCGACAGCGGAGGCUUCAGACGGACCAUCUCGCGCUCGGAACGCGCUGGCAUCCGCACCUACGUAAGCACUAUCCGCAUUCCUCUGCGCCGCAUCUCGGAGACGGGUUUGGGCGAGCCGAGUUCCACAGCGCUACGCUCCAUCCUGCGACAGAUCAUGACCGGCUUCGGAGAGCUCAGCUCUUUAAUGGAGACCGAGGCAGACCCGGAAAGCUCCGCCCCUGGACAGAACGUGGGUGUCAACGCUGCGGCUCAGACACAGCGAGCGCAGGAUGGUGAAGCCACAACAGGGAACGCUGUGACCGAUUCGGGACGAGAGGGUGGAGCAGCGGGCGAGGCAGGCCAGGCGAGGGUGGGUGCCAACGGGCGGGACACGAAUAACCUGGUUGAGAACGGCACCUUGCCCAUCCUGCGGCUGGCGCACUUCUUCUUGCUGAACGACGAGGAGGACGACGAGCACCCGCGCGGCCUCACCAAAGAGCAGAUCGACAAUCUGGCCACGCGCACCUACGGCCAGGCGAGCCUGGAGGGCGAGCAGGGGCGCGCGUGCAGUGUAUGCAUCAACGAGUAUGCGCAGGGCAACAAGCUGCGCAGCCUCCCCUGUGCACACGAGUUCCAUAUCCACUGCAUCGACCGCUGGCUCUCGGAGAACAACACGUGCCCCAUCUGUAGGCAGCCCAUUCUGUCCAGCCAUCAGGACUGACUCACUUCCUCCAUCGCUCCUGUACAUAGCGCUUCAGCUGUUCCACCCGUUCCUCCAUCAACUCCCACUCUAUUCAGCUGUAGGUAGAACCAAAAGAAGAAACAACACAGAGAAUUAACAAAGCUUUAUUUUUUUAGACCUGUGUAUUUUUUUUUUUUUUUUUUUUCUUUCUUUCUUUCUCCUCCUGUCUGCGUAGUCCCCUCCAUCCUGCUUCAGGGUUCCGUUAACAGAACACGACAGAUAUUAACUGUGACGAAUCAGUGUUAGCAAAAGCUAAUCUUCAGCAUUUCACUUAAUUUCAUGUAAUGGAUUUUAUAGAUUGAUCUGUACAUGCCAGACUCUGAGGAAAUGUAAAUAUACGAAUGCCUGUGUGCUUUUUUUUUUUUGUUUGUUUGUUUGGUUUUUUUUGUUCCUUGUGUUGCGAGAGUUCGACGUUGAGACACAGUAUAGAAACCUGCGUAAGAUGCAUAAGCUCCUCUUGAAAUCAGUUUGGAUUUUAGUUUUACGGCACGCUCUCUUAGCAGAAUGUUCCAAUUUUAAAGCUCUUCACACGUUUAGCACGUUGCCGGUCAGGGCGUGGUGACGCAUCCCUGCUCUGAUUGCAACGAAUUCGUGGUUUUAAGAUUCUAGUAAUUGCAAUGGUGACGAGUCACUUAACACUACAUGCUGUAAUGAUAUGAACUGAAUAUUGUUCUGUCCACAUUUCUGAUGCUUCAGCACACAUUAUUUAAUAAUAUUUCGUCCAUCCCAUCGUGUGCAUGCGUCAUUUUUAAAUUUGCAUCAUGUUGGGGUUUUUUUUUUUUUUUUUUUUUUUUUUUUUUUUUUUUUUUUUUUUUAAAAACCUGUGUGAGAGUAUAAUGGCAGAACGCAGGUCAUUAUUUUAAUGAUUGAUCGAUAAUCAGUUCGUUAUUCUUCUUAAAGCACUUCCAGGAGGAGAUUUAAGGGGGGGGGGUUUUCGCGUCUAACGGGACAAACUUUUUAAAAUAGGUGCAAUGGUAGAAAAAAAAAGAGCAGAUGAUUUUAAAUCCGUGUUUAAAUUUCUCUUUACGUUUACCCCAAAUGUUGAUGAUUCUCCUUCAGCUCAGCUCGUUACUGACAUUUGAGUUCUUUGACAUUUUUUUUUUUUUUUUUUAAGUUACAUGAUGUCGUCUUCCAAGUCCUUUUUUUCCCCGUCACCUACUGUUAUAAUGGAUUUUCCCCCGUGUCUUCCCCUGCAGUUUAGUCAAUAUAACAGGCCUAAGAACCAACCGUACUCAGAAUAUCAUCAGAGCACAGAUUAUUAUUAUUAUUAUUAUUAUUAUUAUUAUUAUUAUUAUUAUUAUUAUGAACUGAACACUGCUUAGAAUUCUCUCCAAAGUUUAAUUCUUAAUGAAGGUGAUUUAUGAUAAUGAUGAGCUCAUUAUGGUUCUGUGUUCUCAUCCUCUGUGCAUGAACAGGGUUGUAAUAUAUAUACACGCACACACACACACACACACUGCAGCUUCGUUUCCUUCUGAGCAGAUGAAUCGGUACGCUUCUCAACAAACCUUUACAUUAUGCCUCAAUGUCUCGUUUCAAGGAAACAGUAGGGAAAAAAAAGUGGUUUCCUUGACGUUUUCUUUCCAGAUGUAGUGGGAUAUACUUAUAUUUUGUGUGUAUGUUGCAAAGGAAGUGUGUGCGUGUGUGCGCGCGCGGGUGUGCUAGUGGUUAUUCAUCCGAGCGCGCGACUGGGUCUUUGGCCAUUAAAAAUCCAGAAUGAUUUAUUUAGUUCUUAUUUAAUAAGGUAAGAAAUGACCUUGAGAUAUGAAUAUGUAUUAUGUUCUAAUGUGAUGCUAAAAACAGUUACGGAUAUGUAUUCUGUUACUAUGUAAUAAAACGAGCAAACAAGUUUUCUUUUCUGCUCCUUAAAAUGAAAUAA